UCCGCCGGCCCGGUGUCCGUGGAGCAUGGCCUGCGGGCCGGGGGCGCGCUGCCCGGCUUGCAGCCUCCGCCGCCUCCUCCUCCUCCUCCCGCUGCUGCUGCUGCUGCAGGUGGCGCCGAGCGGGUCGGAGAGCGGCUGCGGACGGACGGAACAGUGCCCCCCGAGCACCAGCUGGACCAACCUGUGGUACGUCUGGCUCAUCCUGUUGACGGUCUUCCUGCUGCUGCUCUGUGGCAUCACUGCCAGCUGUAUCAAGUUCUGCUGCCGGAAGAAGCGGCCUCCAGCACAGGCCUUCCCGCGACGCCCCUACGACCUGACGGUCAUUGCCCUCGACAAUGACAGCACCAUCCACAGCACUGUCACCUCUUACAGCUCACUGCAGUACCCUCUGGCCCCGCCGCUGCCGUUCGCCGAGCUGGAUCGAGGCCCCGUUUCCCCCCCAGCGUACAGCCUCUACGCUCAAGAGUUGCCUCCCUCCUACGACGAGGCCAUCAAGAUGGCGAAGCCUGACUUCGGUGCCCUACCCCCGCCCAAGCUGAGCCCUGGCCCCUCUGAGCCGGGCCUGGGUCCACCCCCAAACCCCAUGCCCCCUGACCCCCAGCCCAGCCAGCCCUAGCUUCUCCCUCCUCUUGGGCCAAGGGUGGCGGACAGAGCCAGGCCCGCGCUGCGGUGAGCAGGGUUGGGGAGUGGUGGUGUCGGGGGGGGGACCGCUGCGGCCAGCCCCCCACCCCAGCUCAGUGUCGGAGCAGGAAUGCGCCUCGGCCGGCGCCGUGACCUUCCGUCCCACCUGUGCCGGGAUCGGGUGACAGAAGAAGCGCGAGCGUUUUAAAAAUAACCCAGCGGGGGCUGCAGCGAUCACAGAGGAGGAGUCGAAUUCUGAACUCUGAGGACAGCGGCGCGACGGGGGGGGUGGUGGGGAGCGGGCACUGGUGCCCAGGAGCUGGUAGCCCGGCCCGGCUUCUGCCUCUACCCUGGAAGCAAAGAUGGGCAGCCCCAGCUGCAGGGCCGAGAACAGCGCUGAGCACUGUGCUGAGCGCAUCCCGGGCUGGGGGGACGCAGCAUCGGGCCUGGCCCUUGGUGGGCAGAGGAAGGCUUGGGGGAAUGGAGGGAGGAGACUUGGGGCACCAGAUGACUCUACCCCUUAACAGGGAAAAAAACCCUGCCCCCACUCAACCUCCAAGCAACAAUGAUCUACCCACCAGCUUAGGGGGAGGGUGGGGGGAUUCCUGCUCCUCUUCUUCCAGCUAGUGGUGGUCCAGGGCAGGGAGGUGGCCGCACAGGAAGGAGUGUUUGUGGCUGGGGGCUUACUGGAUUGUUUUUGCUCCUAGACCAAGGAGCUUUGUUGGGAGAGGCAAGGGUACUUGCAACUUCUGAUUUUAGUCAUACCCACCUGUUUGGCUUAAGGGACGGGGUGGGCUGGUCCCAUCCCUGGAAGGAAGGAGGACUGAUUUUUUUUUUAAUUGUAUUUUAUUUUCCCCUUUCCCCUCACCCCACAGGAACUGCUCAAAGACGGGGGCAGAGCUCCCACUUACAGGAUCUGUAAUAGAAUAAAAAAAUAACCUGUGCAAGAGCAAA